AUGCCUGGAGCUCAGAAGCAUCUUUUCAGAGCUUUUACCACCAAGAGCGCGACCCGAACUGUUUCUGGGGUCAAUAGCGCGUCUACUUCUAUCGAGGAUGAAUACUACGCAGGAUCCAAGGUCAAGAAAGCAUGCGCCAAGCGCGGGAGAGUCGUGCGCACGGAUCCCGACGCGACGGACGACUCGUCAGAGGACGAGAGCUGCAGCCCCGCCUCCAAGCGAUGGGUGAAGCCCGCCGCGCCGCAGGUGUUAAUCACGCACGGCGUCGAUUCUGAGAGCGACAACGAGACGAACGUCACUGCACCGGGCAGCAGCACCACCGCCGUCGGCCCCUGCGGCCUCGCUCCUACUCCGUUUAAAGCGGACGCGCGGGAGAAGCAGCAGCGGUACCGGGGGGUGCGCCAGCGCCCGUGGGGGAAAUGGGCGGCGGAGAUCCGCGAUCCCGCGCGCGGCGUGCGCCUGUGGCUGGGAACGUAUGACACCGCGGAGGACGCCGCGCGCGCGUACGACGCAGCCGCGCGCGCCAUCCGCGGGGCGGAGGCGCAGACGAACUUCGCGGGGGAAGACUCCGCGGAUGGCGGAGCGGGGGACAUUCUCGGCGCAGGGUCCGCCGCUGCAGGCGCGGGCGCGGGCGCGGGCGGAGCUGGCGGAAAGGCGGCGGUUUCUGGUGCAGGCGGUGGUGCUGGUGGCGGGGGUGGCGCUAUACCCGCUGUAGUGCGCACCAAGAAGAACAGCAAGGCGCACAAGUACAUGCAGGGCUACUGCAGCGACACCGAGAGCAUCCUCAGCGAAGUGGCUUCGGAAGUUUCAUCAUGCACCAAAUCGUCCUCCUGCAACAACCUCUCCUCCGCGCUCUCAUCUGCCCCUUCAUCUGCCCCUUCAUCUGCCCCAACGUCACCUGAACUCAAGACCACUUCUCCUGCCCCAGCCGCAACCGCUUCACCCAAUGCACCCUCCUCCUCCACCCCGUCAACCGACUCAGACCUCCUCUUUCUCCUCCCAGAGCCACUCACUCACUCUGCUUCAGCUCCUGAGUUUGUCUCCUGCCAUGCCGUCAACAUCCUCACAACAACCGCAGAAAAGAAAUCCGAGGCAGCAAACUUGCUGGAAGCCGGCUUGCAGGGGGGGGCAGCAGCAGAAGAAGAGGAGUUUCCAGUGUCUGAGCUUGAUGCCGAGACCUUUUCUUUUGGCCUGGAUGAGGUGUGUGGCGGUGGUGCUGGUGGUGAUAGUGGUGCUCCGUUCUGGGACCUUGAUGUUCCGCCGUACCUCGAAACGAACGAGAUCGGCCUUGACAGCAUUCUAUGGUAA